AUGCAUGUCAUAAAGCCGUUCAUUACUGUCCUUGCCCUUUUAUGCUACGGAACGUCCAUCUUGGCACAGGACAUUGCUUCUAGUUUAUAUCCCUACAUAUAUACCAAUCUUAAUAACUACCCAUGCGUGCGAUUACUCCAUGCCAAUGGCACAGUGGGCUGCCACGCGCCCCAUACGGCCAGUGGUAUCUUGUAUGAAAUCGAAACACAAGACGACAUUGAUCAGUUUCCGCCUUUCCAAGGCGAUAGUCGGUCGUAUGCUGUAUUUCUACCGUAUUAUUUAUUGACAAAGACGAAUAUCCAAAAACUGGAGGCAAGCCAACGAAUUACGGGAAUCAUUGCGUGGCUGUCAUCCGAGAACAACGUCUCAGUGAUAUCACCCGAUGCGAUGUGUCCGAAUUGCGAAUAUGGUCUUUAUGCCAACGAGCCGAAUCAAUAUAUGUGGAAUCCCCAGGGAGAUGGUUUGUUGCAAGAACAUUUCAAUUUUCCGAUUUUCGCGAUCAAGCCGGAAAAUGCAUUAACCAAGAAAGUGUAUCAGUACUUUACUCGGGCAUUAAAUUACAACAAGGAGAAACAGUAUCAACAUUACCCACUUCAGGCUGUUGAUUUCGAUUUAUUCAUGUGGGCCGCUGUCAACUCUGGGACAUGUCUAAGACGCGGCUGGUGUCAGGCUAUUGGUGGAUUGUCCGUCUAUUCCACGCCCUCGUUAGAAAUGAAUGCCCAAGAUGAUAAACCUAUUUUGAUGUUGACGGCGGCCAUGGACAGUCGUUCCAUGUUUCAAGACCUGACAGUCGGAGUGGAAGACGAUGUGUCUGGGCUGGUCGCUCUGCUGGCAGUGGCAGAAACGCUGAGUCGGGCGCCCAAGGCACUGGAUACUCUGGGAAAGCACAUUAUGUACACGGCUUUCACUGCCGAAUCGUGGGGAUUUGCAGGUUCUCAACGGUUUGUCAAGGAUAUUUCUACCCCUUUCCAGUGCACCAAUGCGACGCGAGCUACGCCGUGUCCGUUUACAAACGCGCCUUGUACAUUUCCAUGCAUACGCAGCGACAAAUUUACGCGCAUUAAUAUGGAAAAGAUCGAUUCCAUUAUCGAAUUCAAAUCGGUGACUGGCAGAACUUCCAAUUACAGCGGUGGCUACUGGGCUCAUGUCGAUGAUAUUGACACCAGCAAAGGCUUGGUGGAUGCUUUAGCGCAACAAACCAGGCUGACAGGAAGCGAACUUCGUAAUGCCUAUGCAGAUACACAGAGGAAACUACCUCCCAGCAGCAUCAUGAGUUUCCUGGACAAGAAGCGUACCAUUCCAGCAACGGUAGUCACGGAUUAUCAGAAAGAGUUUGGCAGAUAUUAUCACAGUGACAUGGAUUAUUUGUUGAACCUUGAACCGAUGACACAAUCCAUCUGCAAACUUGUAAAUGCCACAGCGCGUACCACAUUUAUUCAAGCGCAAGGGUCUUCCGACGGCGCGGAUUUGAUCAAUGCCAAUUGCACGGUGGUUCAGUCUUUGCUCGAUUGUCUAUCCACCAAUUUCUCCUGUCCUUUUAUGCAAGAUUACUUUAACGUGUCGAAAAUAGGCAGCAUUAGCCAUUAUACUUCUGUGUAUUCAUUUGAAGAUCCUAUGCCGCAACUGGUUCCUCGGUUCGUUUUUAGCUACCUCAGUGGUGUGACGGGCACGCCACGCAAAGACAGUCAGGGACAAGUCGUCAGUUGUCAUCAAAUCCAGGAUUGCAACCCGGGUGAAUACUGUAUCAAGCAAAAAUGUGUAAAGACGUUUACAGAAUAUCACCCAGCCUACGGCACCGGGCUGCAUUACGAUGAAGCCGAAGGAAAACUUGGUGUGGUGGAUCCGACCAAAGGCACAUGGACCGAGAGCACAUGGAACACCCCCAAAUUAAGGAUUUUCUUGGUGACGUCGGAAAAGCAUCAGAUUGUCGAACUUGUCAUUGGUCUUUUAUGGACUUUGACAAGCAUAGCUGCUGUUCUUUUGGCACAUCGAUAUCUCAAAACAGCAGCCAAGGGUUGA